AUGAGCAGGGGCUCGGCGAUGACAUGUAAUCGCACCACAUCAGUUCGACUUGCAGUCAUCUUUCUCGUCCUGGUGGGACUGUUCUUGCUCCGGGACUCAUGGCUACCACAGACCGAUGGCUAUCAAUCGCAAACACCAAACGGCAAGGCUGAGAGACCUAAGCCGGCACAUCCACCCUCACCAGUAGUUCCGCCAACUAGACCAGUGGAAGAAGGCAAGGAUGAGCAAGAAGAAGUUCACACCACAAUCCCGACAGCCAUACCCACAAGCACUCCCUCAACUUUCUACGAGGAAUGCGCCAAGGUUCCUGGCGCGGACAAUGUCCUUGUCCUGCUCAAGACAGGCGCAACGGAAGUCUACCAAAAACUGCCUACGCACUUCGUCACAACCUUCGCAUGCGUGCCCCACUUCAUGAUCUUCUCCGAUCUCGAGCAGACCUUCGCCAAUUAUCCCAUCCACGACGCCAUCGCAGACAUCAGCCCGAGCUUCCGCGAAAAUCACGAUGAUUUCGAGCUGUACAGGAAAUUGCAGACGUAUCAGCAGGAAGGGCAGGAUAUGAGUAAACUGAAAGGAGGCAAUGGUUGGAACUUAGAUAAAUGGAAGUUCUUGCCUAUGUUGCAUAAGGCUUUUGAGUCUGCAGGACCAGAGAUCGAAUGGUUCCUGAUGAUGGAGGCGGACACGAGCGUGAGCUGGGCGAAUCUGUUGCAGUGGCUCAAGCAUCUGGAUCCGAAAAAGCCAUACUAUAUGGGCGCACAGAAUGUGAUUGGCGACACCACAUUUGCUCAUGGUGGGAGUGGUGUGGUGGUUUCGAGGAAGACGGCCGAUCUGAUGAAGGAGCAUCGUCAAAGCGUGGGCAAGCAGGUCUAUGAUGAGAAGUGGGAGGAGUUGACUGCUCAGUCGUGCUGUGGUGAUGAAAUCAUUGCGAGGGCGUUUAUGGAGGUUGAUGUGCCACUUUCGCCUGCUUGGCCUUUGAUUCAGGGCGAGACGGUCGCUACGCUUGACUGGACUGAGAAUCAUUGGUGCACACCUUCAGUCACGUGGCAUCAUGUCAGUCCGCUAGAAGUGGAUACAAUGUGGCAAUUCCAGUCAAGUUGGGUGGACGCAAAAGGCUGGAAGACACCAUAUCUCUACCGUGACGUCUUCGAACACUUCGUCUCGCGCCACGUCAGUGUCAACCGCACGUCCUGGAACAAUCUCAGCUCUGACCGCAAGUUUGUAUCUGCGUCACUCGCCAGCCAUGAGGAUGAGGAUUACUAUCAGCUGAAGGACUACGAGCAGCGAGCAGUCGAGUCAGCCGACGCAUGCGCAGAAGCUUGUUUGCUGAAGCGGGACUAUGAGUGCGUGCAAUGGAUGUGGACGCCGGGUCGAUGUCAUCUGGGCAAAGAUAUCAGGUUCGGCAAGAGUGAUGAGACCCAGGACGAGCACUGGACUGCUGGGUGGUUGCAGGAUAGGCUGGUGGCGUUCAAGGAGCACUUCGAGGGCUGUAAGGUCAAGUGGCAUGGUGCUGGAGCCUAG